CUGUGUGAAUAAUUCCUGAUGAUUCUGCAUAUACUUAGAUGCAGGCUUUAGUGCUAAGCCUUUGAAGAAUCUCUGCGCAUGCUCAGGCUUGUUGGACCUUUGUUUCCAAAUUUCUGAGGGUUCCUUCUCAACCGAACAUGUUUCAACCCAGAGCUGCUGCAGUGAUGGUGUUUUCCUGUUGCAGUGGUAGGCUGUAUGCCAGAAUUGAGGUGUAGAGAUUGGUGAAAGUGUGAGAGGAGAAGAUGUAUAUAUCAUCCAGAGUGGCUGUGGAGAAAUAAAUGACAACUUAAUGGAAUUACUCAUCAUGAUCAAUGCUUGCAAGAUUGCAUCAUCCUCCAGAGUGACUGCAGUAAUUCCAUGUUUUCCAUAUGCCAGGCAAGAUAAGAAAGACAAGAAGGGGGCCGUGGAGCGUUGGAGUCGUGCUCCAAUCUCUGCAAAACUUGUUGCCAAUAUGCUGUCAGUUGCGGGAGCUGACCAUAUCAUCACUAUGGACUUGCAUGCUUCUCAAAUACAGGGUUUCUUUGACAUUCCAGUAGAUAACCUAUAUGCAGAACCUGCAGUGCUGCAAUGGAUAAAAGAGAACAUUAUGGAGUGGAGAAACUGUAUCAUAGUCUCGCCUGAUGCAGGUGGUGCAAAAAGGGUUACUUCAAUUGCUGACAGACUGAAUGUGGAAUUUGCUCUCAUUCAUAAGGAACGGAAGAAAGCAAAUGAAGUAGACAGAAUGGUCUUAGUUGGUGAUGUGAAAGACAGAGUAGCUAUUCUUGUUGAUGAUAUGGCUGACACAUGUGGCACAAUAUGUCAUGCAGCAGACAAGUUAGUGUCUGCUGGAGCCACUAAAGUUUAUGCUAUCCUCACUCAUGGAAUCUUUUCUGGUCCUGCUAUUUCUCGGAUUAAUAAUGCAGCAUUUGAGGCUGUUGUGGUAACGAAUACAAUCCCCCAAGAAGAGAAAAUGAAACACUGCCCCAAAAUUCAGGUUAUUGACAUUUCUAUGAUCCUGGCUGAGGCAAUUCGAAGAACACACAACGGCGAAUCUGUGUCUUACCUGUUCAGUCAUGUUCCCUUAUAACUGCAAGAGGCUAUGUUGUAUCUUUGCAAGGGCUGUGUUAACGAGCCCCAUUUUUAACAGUGCAUCUCAGCCACAGGAGAUGAAUAUCUUUGUAGAAGCCCAGAGCUUAAUUAUUGUAUUUGUUUCCUAAUUACCAUUUGUUCCUUGUAAAUGGGCAGUAAAUCUGCAUCUUACAGAAGCCUUUAUGAAUUCCCUUGAGAGCUGGGGAUCUUACCUGUUGCUAAGUUCUUCUGUGUGCUCAUGCUCUCUUUCUACUAAAUGGCUGCUUUAGAUCCAUUUUCUGUUCAGAAUUACUAAACAGCUGUUUAUAGAACUUAAUGGAAUUUAUGCAUAUGAAAUUGUUUUUCUGUGUUAAGCUAAAUGCUAUGGAUUUAGUCAUCUGGAAUCUAUUCAUCUAUCAGGCAAGCAGCUGUUGUUGGUUUUUUGCUUUUUUGUUUUUUUUCUUUAACUCCAAUGAAUGUUAAUUUGUAAGCCCUAACAGAAUUUAAACCUCAUGUGAAUUUUAAGGAUCUGACACAUCCGUAAUAUUACCUGUAUUUCAUAAACUUUGUGUUUUUUUCCACAAAGUAUAUAUGUUACAAGUUUCCUUCUGUAAAGCUCUCAGUUGUUCAUUAUGUUAUCAUUUGGUUGGAAUUUUUUGUGCAGAUACUGUCUUCAUCUAAAAGACUGUUGUUUCAAUAUUGUUGGGAUUAUUUAUUAAUUUCCUGUAUUUCAAUAAUAAGGACCAAUCAUAAAUCAUAAGAGCAAUUUGUUUUGCAUGUAACUCUUCCUGUAAUUUUUAGCAUUCUGUGAUUCUGAUCAUAUGAAUAAUUUCAUCAGUUGUCCUGCUAAUAUUGCAAAGCUUCACUGUGCAUAGUCCAAACAGCAAAUAUAAAUACACUUAAUAUAUUUGUAAAAGGUGGUCUCUGCUCAUAUUUACUUGAUUGAAAAUGUGAGAAAAUACUUUUCAUUUUAACUGUAUAGUUAAUAGAACUUCAACUUUCUAUUACAAACUACCACGGUACUUUGCUGUGUAGGCAGUGAGCUGUGGUAAACUAGCCAGUCUUGAAUAGUUUAAUGCUAGAGAAUUAAAACCACUGGGAAAACAGCUUGUAUGCUGAGGAUCUUAUGGUUAAGUACUGGUAAGUGCAGUCAAUAAUUGAUUAUGGAGGAAAAAACAAUUUCUGUCACUGUGGUUUUUUUUUUUUAGGUCUUCAAAUUCUUUUUAUAGACUCUUCAGCCUUCCUGCUAGAAAGGAAGAGUUCAGUUGUGUUAAGAUAAGUUUUCCCAAAGACCUAGGUGCAGGAAAACUAUCUUUCCUCCUGAAAUUACAGUUUUUAAUAAAAGCAUUUGCCAUGCUUGAGAAAUAUUUCUUUACUGUGGAACCACACAGAAUAGCCUUAUUUCAUCCUACCUUGCUUAUUCUGGGAUAUAUUUAUCAUGAUACGCUGUUGUGUUAUAAAAUGGAUUUUUCCAUUCAAUUUAAGCUGGUCUAAUGUUCGUUAAUUUCUCUGAGGGAAAAAUGUGGCUACUUUGCCCUUAUUUUUUUUAGUGAUUUGCUAUUUCUUUUAUUGUUUUCUUCCUAUAUUGAAGAUGAAGAAAACAAUUUCACCUAUACUUCUUUCUAUAAUGAAUACAGAAAUGGGUUGAUAAGAUAUUGCAAUCAGAAUUCCAUUCAGCCGUCAGUCCUCUGAGGAAUUCCUCAUUAUAGUUCAAUUUUUGAAAUAUUUAAUUCCACUGUGUAAUAAUCUAUGUUAUUAUCUGAAUCAGAAAGCAAUUUUUUAAAUGUAUGAUUAUUUAACCUACUGUCUUAAGCAGGUGUUUAAACUAUUACUUUGCAGUUAUAUGGCUACAGUUUUGGGGUUAACAACUUAAUUAUACCAUCAAAAUUUAGACCUUAUUAUGCAUAUAGGGUAUACAGUGAACUUAGUACCUGCUAUUAAUUCAGUUUUGUAGAUCAGGUCUUUGUUACAAACAAAAUGCUGAAUUGUUUGACAUUAUUGUGCACAAGUAUUGUAAAUAAAUCUUAAAUUACAUGUG